AUGUCGGGAUCCCGACGACGUCAUUACGCUGUACAAGGUAAACGUAACUCGUUGUACUUGCAUCUUGUUCUAAUGUUGAUUAAUUUUCUGGUUUAAUGUAUUAUGAACCGGAAUGAAUGACUACGCAUAAUUAGAUAAUUGUGUAUUUUUUGAUGGUCUUAUCAUCUGCUUACCUUGACGGUUAUUACCUGUGUAUAGCCUUUGUUACAAGAAGAAAAUCAUUGUCGAUAUAAUGACACUCUUCCCGAUUUCUGAAUACACUUUUACACACAAAAAGAGUUUGCAGUGCAACUGUCUGUUUAUGUGCAACUCUUUAACUGAGUACACGCGCAAGGGACAAGAAGCUCAAUCUCUGCUUUCAGUAAGUUUAGUUCGCAAUUAUAUGCGUACGUUUCGCUUUUCCUACAUAAAGUGGCGGACAAAAGUUUAAGGCACCUUUUGUUUUCUCCUCGCCCUCCUUAGUGAGAUAUUCUUACACGAAACAGUAUGAGACUCCUAGGUACUACGGCAGAGAACCAAAACACAGAGAUAGACGUAAAGGUCUUCCGAAACAUGCAUCGAAGGAACGUUAGCUU